AUGGCCCAGUUGGCCGUCAACGCCUUUCUAGACUCAAAAGGUCUUUCUGCUACACAUGCAUGGAUUGAGUCUUUUGUAAAUUCCAGCCGUCAAGGAACUCCUACACCAGCUUUGCAAAAGACGGCUCUAUUCCGCAUACUCGCUUCGGAUCUCACAUCAUCAAUCAAGGCCUCUCCAAACAACACCUUCCCGCCAAACGCCCUCAACCCCACCGUCAAGGAACUUCGUGUCCCGGAUGCUAUUCCUGUCCAGGUACUGGAUAUCGAGGAUAUAGGACGUAGUGCUUGGAGCCAGGUUGAAGCCAUCGAAGCCCAGGAGCGCGGUGAGACGACUAAAGGAAGAGAAGUCAUCCGCGUUGUACCUGACGAAGAGGCCGACCCGACCCGUGAUGGUACCGCUCCCAUAUCCAAGAGCAACGGUCCUCACAAACUACUUCUACAGGACGCCAAGGGUACCAAAAUCUAUGGCUUCGAAAUCACUGAUGUUGAUGGUAUUGAUUUGAAUCUGGGUAUCGGCGCUAAGAUCAUCUUGAAGAACAUGACCAUCGCUAGAGGUGUCGUCUUGCUUGAUCCCAAUAACACCCAACUACUCGGCGGAAAGGUCGAAGUCUGGGACAAAGCCUGGAGAUCGGGCAGAAAGGAACGGUUGAAAUCCAAGGUUGGUCCAAGAGAAGAGGAGGAGCUUUGA